AUGCUUCCCGCACGGACGACAGUCCAUGUUGAGGCAGUACUACCUCAAGGCAAAGGUAGCCGGAAGACUACGGGCAUCGUCACUGUGUUCCAGCAGUUCUGCCUCAACACAUCCCAGCACGGCUACAAGUACAUUGCUCUGCCCGAUCGUGUCUUUGUGGAAAGACUGCUGUGGGCGACGGCAGUGGCGGCAGCGCUGGUGACAUCUGCGAGCCUGGUGUGGCUGGCACUGCAGCAGCACAACUCGCGACCCACGCUAAUCGACAUCGAGACGUCGCACUACCCCGUGUGGAACUUCCCAUUUCCUGCUGUCACCGUCUGUCCCACAAACAAGGUGCACAAAGGCCAGCUGCACAGUCUCCUCAGCGAGUGGAGGAUCCCUAACGGCACGAGCCGGGAGCAGCUGCGGCGCGACGCAGCCUACGUGCCGGCGCUGCUGGGCAGGACGGCGGGCACUCACGGCGCGCUGGCCAGGCUCGCCGCCGCCGUCUCUGCCAACAACCUCACCGUCGCCGACUUCAUGCAAAAGGUAGCCCCGCAGUGCGAUCAGGUGGUGAUCAAGUGCCAGUUCAAAGGUCUCCAGAGACACUGCCAGAAGCUCUUCAAGACCGUGCUCACCGAAUGUGGCGUGUGCUGCAGCUUCAACUACAGGGCCGCCCGCCCCGCUAUGCAACAAAGAAACAGUGCAGACAAUCUAAACGAUGUUGUCAGGAUGAGCGCUUGCGGACGCCAAAUGGGCUUGUCCAUCCUGAUAAACGACGACCGCAAUGAUUAUGUUACCACAACGGAGGCAUCACAUGGUGUUAAGGUGCUGGUGCACGACGCGCUGAACGUGCCGGCGGAGACGAGCGCGGCGUGGCUGGCGUCCCCCGGGCAGGAGGUGCUGCUGUCGCUGCAGCCGCAGCUGAUGUACGCGACGCAGGCGGCCCAGCACGAGCGGCCAGGCCGCCGCGGCUGCCUGCUGCGCGAGGAGCGGCCGCUAGACUUGGAGCGCGCCUACUCCAGCCACAACUGCCGCCACGACUGCCGCAACAACCGCACCUGGCAGCUCUGCGCCUGCCUGCCCUUCCACGUCCACGACAAGGAGGAACUGGAGGCGGAGCAGGGUGAGAGCUGCAACUGCGCCCCGGAAUGCUCCUCUGUGGAGUAUCUCGCCGAGGCGUCCACUGGCAUCCUGAAGGCGGCUCGCUACCCAGCUUCCGAUCACCUCAUGGAUGGAGUGAAUGACAGUUCUAUCUCUGAAGUGAUGCUGAUCCAUGUCUUCUUUGUGGAUUUGGUGGGCACCCGAUACCGCAGGGAUGUCUACUCUACAUGGCGUGGGCUGCUCGCGUCGGUAGGCGGUUUACUGGGGCUGUGUAUGGGAGUCAGCCUGCUGAGCUGCUUCGAGCUGGCGUACUUCUUCACGGCACAGCCGGCGCUGCGUGCGGUGAGGAGUCGCCAGAUGGCCUCCCAGCGCUGA